AAGAAUUGAGUUUCGCGUUUGAGCUUUGUCGAUCAACAGUCACAUAGUUUAUUUUGCAUCAAUAAUUUACACAAAAUGGCAAUGUCAAUACGUCCUUUAGCACCAGAAUUAGCUGAAAAAGCUUGUACAAACUUUCAAGAAGACAUGGAUAAAUUGCGUGAUGCAGUGCAAGAGAUCAGGGAUUGGUUACAAACCCAACCUCAUCUUAAAGCCAGAACAGAUGAACAAUGGUUAGCCAGUUUUAUUCGAGGUUGUAAAUAUAACAUGGAGAAAGUGAAGAAAAAACUCGACUUAUUUUAUACUUGUCGGCUCACUGCAAGUGAUUUUAAUCGGUUGCAUCAUAGAAAUGAAACUUUUAGGAGACUGGUAGAUUCUGGAUUCUACUUACCGUUGCCCAGGCUGAAGGACCCUGCAGCGCCACGUGUCACUUUGAUACGUUUGGGAGUCCCUGGUUUAUUGGAAUUGGGCGCCAUUAAUGCAUUCUCAGUUACACAAACCAUUGACAAGUUAAUGCUCGUGGACGAUGAUAAUUCAAUAAUAGCAGGCAACAUAGUAAUAAUAGAUUGCCGUAAUAUGAACCUAUUGCAGUGGUUGCAAUUGCAACCACUACAAAUUAAGAUGAUUAUAGUGAGCCAGCAGGACGCAGUACCAUUUCACACAAAUGCUUCUUAUCUGAUAAAUCUUCCGAAUGAUUUCUCGGGGCUUUUGAGAGAGAUCCUAAGACUACUUGAUGACCAAAGUCAAAAUCAACUAAAUGUCGUUGAUGAGAAUAACUACGAAGAAAUGUACACCAAUCCCGGCCUUUCACAAGAUAUUAUGCCUGAAGAAUACGGCGGAAGUGGUGGCACACUGCAAGAAAUUAUUGAUUACUGGCGUGCGAAGAUAGAGGAAUACAGUGAGUGGCUGGAGGAGGACCUCCAGUUCGGCACGGACGAGGCCCUGAGGCCGGAGGGACCGAGGACGACGGAGAACAUGUUCGGACAGGGCUUGCCGGCAGAGUAUCCAUCCUUCUAUAACUCACUGAAUUUGUGAUAUAGGUUCACAUUAACAUGUGAAACUACCGUAUAAAUUAAGGCUGGGUUGCACCAUCUUACUUUAACUUUGACAAACGUCAAAAAUCUGUCAAACUCCAUACAAAAUACACCGGUUAUCGUUAUAGUAACUGUCAAAGUUAGGUGGUGCAACUCAGUCUAAGUAUAAGUAUAAUGAUGAGCACUUUGUUUGGCACCAAAAAGCUGCCGGAACUUGUCCUCCAAUUAGGUACCUACAUGCUGCACUGCAGCUAACCAUUUCAAAUGUAAACAGUUUUAUGAUAUAAAUAUUAAUAAAUAAAAUAAAUCAAUCAA